AUGCGGCUCGCGUGGUACGCAGGGGCCUCUACGGCUCUCGCGGCCGCCGUGGUCGCGUCCGCCUUUUAUCAGCGUGCCAAUUUCUACUCGGCCAUGGUGCAUCUCGCCCAGAGCAGCCUAUCCCUAAUGGUCCGUUUGCUCCGACCCCUCCCCGAGCCAUCCGUUUGCAUUCCCGACCACUGGCAAUGGACCACUGACAAGGAAUGGGCAAUGCAGGUUCUGGUUAACCUCAUAUUCGUCGUCUACGGAUCCCUCAUGUACGCUCUCCAGCGCCUCUGCUUCGGCCCCCUUCGCCCCACCGAAAUCGAACAGCUUUACGAAAAGGGUUGGUUCGCCGUCACCGAGACAUGCCUGGCAAUGACCAUCUUUCGCGACGAAGUCGGCGCCUUCUUCCUCGUUAUGUUCACGGCCCUCGUCACCGGCAAAGUCUGGGGUUGGAUUGGAGAUGGCCGUGUCGAAGUCCUCGAACAACAACCCCCCGCGAACCCGCUCCUCUUCCACGCCCGCCUCAGUCUCUCGUUGUUCAUUAGUGUUGCCUACGACAUCUGGCUGCUCACCUACGCCGUUGACGCCGUGGUGCAGGAAGCCCGUCCUACUAUGAUGGUCAUGUUCCUCUUCGAGUUUGCCGUCCUGACCGUAACAUCCCUACACACGGUCGCCCGGUACGUCAUGUCGCUGGUGGAGCAGCGUGUUAUCAAGACCCAGACGCACCAGCGCUUGGAGGGUCGGCGCCGCCAGAUCAGGGAGCAGCGUGCCGAGAUCUUGAGACGGAGAGAAGCCGAGAGGGCAACAGACGAAAACGAAGAGCUGCCGGACGAGAACGAUGUUGAUGAGAUGGACAUCGAGGUGCCUGGCUGGGAGGCAAAGGGACAGUGGGUCUUAUCGCUGGACUUGGUUGCGGACUUUAUCAAAUUCGGGAUCUACACGGCCUUCUUCUGUGUCCUGAUGAGUUUCUACGGCCUCCCUAUUCAUAUUAUGAGAGACUGGUUCAUGACGACGAGGUCGUUCCUUAAGAGACUCCAUGCUCUCAUUCGCUACCGCCAAGCCCUGAAGCACAUGGAGCAGUACCCCGACGCUACCGCGGAGGAGCUUGGCCGAGAGGACACCUGCAUCAUCUGCAGAGAGGAAAUGCGACCCUGGGAUCCCGCCGAUGCCUCUCAUGUUGAGCGAAGCCGGGCAAAGAGGCUUCCUUGUGGUCAUAUUCUACAUUUCGGCUGCCUCAAGAGCUGGUUGGAGCGGCAGCAGGUGUGUCCGACGUGCCGGCGCCCGGUUGCCAGGGACGGACAGCAACCGGUCGCCAACGGCCCGGCUGGGGUACUUGGGCUCUUCCCUGCGGGCCAAAACCGUCCGCUUCAGCCGCCGGCUAACGGCCAGGCAGCCCUCGGUGGCGGCGGCCAACCCGCACAAGCAGGGCCAGCGGCCAAUAACGCGAACCCCAACGUCAGAAUGUUCAAUCUCGGUCCCAUUAGGUUAGGCUUUGCUCAGGGCGGAGCCGACGAAAUUCGGGAAAUGGCACAACGGAUGCGGGCCCCCCCAGACGCCGUAAAUCCACCUGUGCCAACACCCACCGUCCCGACACCGCAAGAAAACAACGUAGGCUUAAACCCGGAUCUCGAUCAGCUUCGUGGGCAACUCUUGGCGCUGGGCAAUCAAGUCCGGCAAGAGUUGGUCAACACGCAGAACACAGCGCACGAGAUACUGGUUUUGAGUCAUCUAUUGAACGAAAUCGCCCGUCUCCGUCAAUUACAGCAGCAACCGCCGCAAGGCCAACAACAGCCAACACAACUAACACAACCAACCGCCUCAGGUGCUCUCCUUGGUGGACAGCCACCUUUACAGCAACAUCAACAGCAAGCUCUGAUACAUCCUUUUAUGCUCCCAGCAAUGCAGGGGCCCCUUCAGGUCCCGAAUUCCCCGCACCUUGUGGCUGCCAGGCACCCACCCUCCGUCACAAGGCAUGUCGGCACUGGGUAUGGAGCGGCCAUUCCGGCGGGGAGUUCCGAAUUACCAGACGGGGUUGUUAUUCCCCCGGGUUGGUCGUUACUCCCCCUCCAACGAUUUGACGGCGAAACACAGCCAUCUGAGCCCGCACACCACACUCAGGGGGUCGCACAAGACAUGCUGCGGUCCGUGUUCGCACACCACCCCCGAUCCCGGGGUACCAGCCCAGCCCCCAGUAGCACCCUUUCUACACAGGUUGGAAGGGCCGCCGCGCCAACAAGCAACGCCGCAGAAGCAUCUCGACGGCCGGGUUCACAGGGUGGCACAUCUUCAGACACGGCUACCCGCAGGCAACCUCCGGUGGCGGCACCCAUUCCUCUGACGCCAAAUUGGGGGGGGCCCGCGCAGCUCUUUGGCGGCGACCGGGCGCCUGCACCCAUGUUUGGAUACCAAGUUGAGCCGCGCCAGGGUCCACACGGCGAGCCUGGGGAAGGUGGUGGUGAUGGCUCAGCGGCCAACGCGUCCAUGGUGGUGAACGGAGUCGCUUCUGGGGAGAGGAGCGGUGAUCAACGAACAGAGGGUGCCGCCGAUGUGAACGGGAGUAGCGGCGAUCGACGUCCCAGACCUGUGACGGUAGAAGAGGCAGAUGAUGCCGAGGACGAGCGAUAG